UACUUUCCACUGCACACCACAAAAACCAAAGCUCAGGCUGGGGCACUUUUUGUUUGAGAUGGCAGGAGAGGGUUAGCAGCGAGAUGGGACAGGAAUGAAAACUGUUCUCUUUAUUCUAAUAGGCAUCACCUAACCUCCUUGUUCAGCAGUCGAAGAAAGCGAUCCCCCACGGGCACAGGGCGCCCCUUUCCCGUCCGCGUCCCGGGACGGGCUCGUGGGGUCUGGCUCCACUGCAACAAAGCACCAGUGGCUGGCACACGUCAGCUGACUCAAACUCGGACUGCAGGCCUCUAAAACUGCCGCUUAGACAUUUGGGCUGGGCCCGGGCUCUGUGACCCUCCGUCCCCACCGGGCCUCAGAGUCGGGGCUCCAGCACGAGCCUGAACCUCUACCCGGCCAUUGUACCCGCCCGAGUCCGAGUCAGCUUGGUGUUGAGCUGCGGGGCGGACCAGCCUUUCCAGUGCCUCCCCCAGCGUCCCAGCCGGCUUGCCAUGGCCGGGGCCAUGAAGUUCAACGGGUACAUGAAGGUGCGGGUCGGCGAGGCGGUGGGUCUGCAGCCCACCCGCUGGUCGCUGAGACACUCGCUCUUCAAGAAGGGCUACCAGCUGCUGGACCCCUACGUGGCGGUGAGCGUGGACCAGGUGCGGGUGGGGCAGACCAGCACCAAACAGAAGACCAACAAGCCCACCUACAACGAGGAGUUCUCUGCCCCCGUCAUCGAUGGCCGUAAACUGGAGCUGGCCGUCUUCCAUGACACCCCCAUCGGCUACGACGACUUUGUGGCCAACUGCACCCUGCACUUCCAUGACCUCUUACAUACCAUGGGCAACGCUGACAGCUUCGAAGGCUGGGUGGAUCUGGAGCCAGAGGGAAAAGUGUUUGUGGUAAUCACUCUUACAGGCAGCUUCACUGAAGGAACCCUCCAGAGAGAGAGAAUUUUUAAAAAUUUUACUCGGAAACGCCAGAGGGCUAUGCGAAGAAGAGUACAUCAAGUCAACGGGCACAAAUUUAUGGCUACAUAUUUGCGACAACCAACGUACUGCUCCCACUGCAAGGAGUUUAUCUGGGGAGUAUUUGGGAAGCAGGGAUACCAGUGCCAAGUAUGCACCUGUGUUGUACACAAGCGUUGCCAUCAUCUAAUUGUUACAGCCUGCACGUGCCAAAACAAUAUUGACAAGACAGACACCAAGGUUUUGGAACAAAGAUUUGGAAUCAACAUUCCUCACAAGUUUAACAUCCACAACUACAAAGUACCAACCUUCUGCGAUCAUUGUGGUUCUUUGCUGUGGGGGAUAAUGCGGCAAGGACUGCAGUGUAAAAUGUGUAAAAUGAAUGUACAUAUUAGGUGCCAAGCCAACGUGGCACCCAACUGUGGGGUGAAUGCAGCAGAACUGGCCAAAACCUUGGCAUGUAUGGGCCUGCAGCCAGGAAAUAUUUCUCCAAAUUCGAAAUUAGUUUCAAGAUCCACGCUGAGGUGCCAGGGAAAAGAAAGUCCAAACGACAGCAACAGUGUGAGUGGAUGUUCAGCAAGCAGAUUCGGGAUCAAAGACUUCACCUUCAUCCGAGUGUUGGGAAAGGGCAGUUUUGGGAAGGUGAUGCUUGCCAAAAUAAAAGAGACUGACCAGCUGUAUGCCGUGAAGGUGCUGAAGAAGGAUGUUAUUCUCCAGGAUGAUGAUGUGGAAUGCACCAUGACAGAAAAGCGCAUCCUGUCCCUGGCCAGGAGCCACCCAUUCCUCACCCAGCUUUUCUACUGUUUUCAGACUCCUGAUCGCCUGUUCUUCGUCAUGGAGUUCGUGAAUGGUGGGGACUUGAUGUUCCAUAUUCAGAAGUCCCGUCGGUUUGAUGACGCUCGAGCCCGCUUCUAUGCUGCAGAAAUUAUUUCAGCCCUCAUGUUUCUCCACAAGAAAGGCAUCAUUUAUCGGGAUCUGAAGCUGGAUAAUGUGUUGCUGGAUCACGAGGGCCACUGCAAGUUGGCAGAUUUUGGCAUGUGCAAAGAGGGGAUUCACAAUGGAAUUACUACAGCAACGUUUUGUGGCACACCGGACUACAUUGCUCCAGAGAUUCUGCAGGAGAUGCUCUAUGGUCCUGAUGUAGACUGGUGGGCUAUGGGGGUGCUGCUGUACGAGAUGCUAUGUGGCCAUGCCCCUUUUGAAGCAGAGAAUGAAGAUGACCUCUUUGAAGCCAUUCUGAAUGAUGAAGUUGUUUACCCAACCUGGCUUCAGCAGGAUGCAGUAGGGAUCCUGAAAGCUUUUAUGACCAAGAACCCCAACAUGCGCCUGGGCAGCCUGGCUCAGGGCGGAGAGAACGCUAUCCUGAGGCAUCCCUACUUUAAAGGGUUGGACUGGGACCUGCUGAACCAGCGCCAGAUGGAACCACCCUUCAGACCAAGAAUUAAAUGCAGCGAAGAUGUUAGUAAUUUUGAUCCUGAUUUUAUAAAAGAAGAACCAGCUCUAACCCCCAUCGAAGAAGGGAUUAUCGCAGUGAUUAACCAAGAAGAAUUUAGAAACUUUUCAUACACUGAUCCAGAAUUACAGCCAUAGCCACAUGGAAGGUUGUGCAAGGUGGUGAUAGAACCUGAUGGAAGAAGUGAAAAUUUGUUUACCAGGAAUUUCAUUCUCAAGGAAUACGGCCUUAUAUUAUGCAACAGCACCAACAACAAAGUUACCUUAAUGUGAAAUUAAAAAAAAAAAAAACUUCUAGGAUUUGUGCAACUCUGAUAUCAAAUAUUUAUAGGGCUGGGAUAAACAUGGUACAGUAUCAUAAGUAGUCAAUGCAGACUAUUAAUGCUGAGAUACGUGGUUCAGCACAGAUCUGACUAGUUGCAAUUUGCAAUGAGUUUGGGGAGUUGGUGUGAGCAUGAAAUGAGCAGAGUUUUGCAGCUCUGAGCCAAACAGACACUUUACAAUACCGACCUUUGCAAGACUCAGCUUUGAGGGAUCCAACACUGCCUCCUCUUUGGAAACAUGGGAAAAAACCAGCAACCACUGGGCUCAUUGAGCAAGAUGGUUCAUGUGGUGCUACCUGUUUCUGGAGUAUUUAUUUCUAUCCUAAGGACAAAUGGCUCUUUGAACCUGUUUUGGGCUUCCAUGUCAAAUAUUUUACUGUGCAGACUAUCAAAAAAGUGUCGCCCCUACCUGUUCUUCCAAAUUGGAGUGAAGCCACUUGUAACUCAGUGUUUUAGUACGUGUGUGAUAUGAAAAGUUUUAGCAUUUGCAUUCUGUGAAAUGCCUUUUUGCAUCAUGCACUCUCAAUGCUCCUUUCUUUCUCUGCAUACCAGCUGUUUUCAGCUAAAAUAUUGUAUGUGAAACCUUGCCAUUUACUUAGAUUUUAUUUAAUUACGUUAUACGGAGCCCCUUUUGUGCAUUCCCUGGCUCAUUAAAACUUUGAUGGAAAA